AUGUGCAUAACCGCCAACACCAUCACAUUCCUAUGUGAUUUCAAAUGCUUCACUGCUCCCCAGGAAACACAUCUCUAUGCCAAGAAACAUCAACUCGUCCAGAAAUGGAAAGGAUGUGACCACAAUCUCGAUCGGACUCUCCGCGGCAAAAGGUUCUUUGAGAGCGCAACGCAAAAGCCUUGUCAUAAUCCGGAAAGGGCUCGGACUUUCAAAAUUUGCCCUGACUGCAGUACCAAAUACGGGUCACUCACCGAACGAAUAAAUUCCCACGUGAGAAUGAUUAUCCACCUUUUGGAAAAGGCUGGUGGUAAUAUCGAAAUUACUGGGCCCGCUCAGAAAAAAGCAAGCGUGUGUUCCGACGUCAGCGAAUGGUGCACUUACCUGGACAAUGUCGCUCGCCUUCACACAUACGAUCAGAAACAUCCAUCACAUCCACCAAAUCCGGAGAAGAAUCAAGCGAGCGAGGAGGAGUAUUACUUUGAGCUUCAAGUAUUACUUGGCAAUAUAACCCAGGAAAUGAACAUUGAGAAGAGCAAGCCCGGUGGCGGCGAUAGAAGAAUCAUCAGAGAACUUUUUUAUCAGCGGGUCAGGGCAGAGAUUGAGCAGCAUAGAAUCUGGAUACUUAUGAGCAAGAAAUACCCAUAG